UGAACAAAAUCACGUAUUAUAGUCAACAAUAUGGACUCAAUAUAAACGUUUAGAAGAGAAAGCUUAUGAUAAUUAGCAAGAAAAUGAUAAUAGAAGGUCAAUUCUACGUCAACCAAUCCCCUGUAGAAAGAGUGACGCACUACAACUAUCUCGGCACCAUAAUAAUUGAAAAAUGGACCAACAACCAGGAGAUUAGAGCACGCAUCGGAAAAGCUAGAUCCACCUUUAAUCGAAUGGGGGCAUUUUUCAAGAGUUACGGCCUCUCACUUGAUACAAAAGUAAGAAUGCUGCGAUGCUACCGUUGAAUUAUGGACCUUGAACGAAGAUAUGUGCAGAAAACUGGAAGCAUUUGA